CCUCUCUCUCUCUAGUUACCAUAUUUCAUUCAGUUGUGUAAAGAUGAAGUCUGGGAAGUAGUUAGAAAAGCGUGUGCUGAUGUGUUCAUGGAUGUGUCUCUUGGUUGCUCAUUAUUAUCAAGACAAGAGAGACUCACUCCAGUCUUCUUACACUUACUCAAGGAUGACUCAAGAUGGGUACGUAAAGCUGCCUAUCAGUACUUAGGUCCAUUUAUAUCAACAUUCUACACUCCACCCACUGAACAAUCAGUAAAUGAUGCAUCAAUACAACCUCUCUCUGAAUCAGAACUAUUAGACAACUCGUUAACAGGACUGGUUGGAGCCUUGACGCUCGUAACAUCCACGACUUCCUCAGACACUCAAACUGUGACGAGUGUCGUUUCGGAGGUAACCACGCCCACAAAAGGGGCGGAGCCACACAUACUAUCGCCACUAAUGAUAUUCCACACUCCGCCUAAGAGCAAUCCUUCUUUAUCAUCGCCGACCGAAACAAACGAAUUCAAUUCCUUCCAAUUUUGGCAACCGCCAAUUUCGACCCUUCUCCCCUUAAAAGGAGAGGCCAGUAAUGGAGGAACUGGGACUAAAGACGUGGGAACGGGUCAAAGGGAUAAUGAUGCGUUGAGCGUGGAUUUAUUUGGGGGCGUGGUUGCCGGAGGGGAUGAGAUAACGAGACGAGGGGAGGGAGAGGAGCUUGAUGAUGAUGAUGAUGAUUCCGACGGACUUAACGAUAUUAAGGACGAGUUGUUGGCGGAGUCUGAAGGGGGCGUGGCUAGUGGUGAUGGAGGCAUGGCUAACGAGUUUACGAGUAAAUUGAAAUUGAUAGAGUCUCCAAUUGGGUCUGUGCCAAACGGGUUUCCAACGGUUCGUGUUUUCAUUCAAAGUGCUAAUGGUCAGAUUCAUGAAGAACAGACGAUGACAGGUGGAUCAGGGGGCGGGACCUAUGGUUGUCAUAGUAACAGCACCCCGUUCAACAGGAUGGAUGUUACCAGUCAAUCAACUGCCAUGGACAUGACUACAGUAUUUGAUAAUAACACCACUAUUAAUAAUGAACCAUACUUCACAGCUGGACUGGAACAGGAGAUAGUCCCAGAUGAGCUGAUAGAGAUGUACCUAGGUAUGGUGGACCUGAACAAGACCCAAAGUGUUGAUGUGGACCUUCCCCUCUAUUGUGCCUUCUCAUUCCCUGCAGUACUACAAACCCUAGGACCCAACCACUGGUCACUACUUAAACCAACCUUUGAUAUACUCUCCACUGACAUGCAGUGGAAGAUCAGGCGGGUCCUAGCUCACAGUAUCCAUGAGAUAGCUCAGAUGUUAGGGUCCAAUAGAACAGUCUCUGAUCUGUUGUCUGUAGUGAAUGAGUAUGCUACAAAGGACCUUGAUGAUGUGAAGACUGGAGUACUGGCUCAUCUAUCGGAGUUCUUUGAGAUGUUACCCUCUGACGUUAGAAAGGAGAACUUCCCCUCUAUAUUAAACGGGAUCCUGGACACUGAGAAUGAGAAGAACUGGAGAUACAGGGACUCACUGGCCGAACAGUUGAUGUUAUUAAGUGAAUUAUUUGAUUGUUCAUUUGUUGAGCAGUUCAUAGUACCAGUGGCUAUUAGACUGGGACAUGAUAAAGUAGCUCAGAUAAGAGACUCCGCCUCCAGACUGAUUGGUUCAUUAUUACACAAGUUCAGUCAGUCCAGUCCAACCACAUGUUCAUUGAUAUUGACUCAAUUAAGAACAUCAUUUGCUACCAGUGAGAGAUGGCUACUCAGAUUAAUGUAUGUGAAACAGUGUGAGCUGUUCUUUCAUAAAAGACUGAUAUCCUAUUCCUUAUUUGGUAGUGAGUGCCUCCCCUCAUUACUGACACUAUCAAAUGAUGUGGUACCUAAUGUCAGACUAGCUGUGGCUAGGACCCUCUACUCUACACUAGACAAUACACAAUUUAUCUCUGCCAAUCAAUCCUUUUCUCGAGACAUCAGUUCAAUCAUAUCAAAACUAAAAGAAGAUAGAGACAGAGAUGUUCGCUACUACUCCGGAAAUUACGAAGAUAUCAAUAACAACACAAGGACCUCUCUCUCUCCCUCUACCCCUUCAGCUCAGCAGCUGCAACAAUUUGAAAAUACUCAAGAAGAUACUGAAUAUAAACUGGAUAUAGCAAAUGCUGGUAGCAUAUUGCAAUUAACUUAAUCUAUUUAUUUACUAUUUUAUUGCUCUUAUUGGUAUUAAUAUUAUUAUUAUUAUUA